GACUUGCAAACAGUGCUGAAUCCGAGUUGACGUUAUACAACACAAUACGGAACUCUCUUUGAAUAUUAUUUCAAUUUUAAAAUUCGUUUUUUAAUCUUUCCUUUUGAUCACUAUGGAAAUCGUACAUAGAAAGUGUUCUUUUUUAAUUGCAUUUGGCUAUUUGUUAGUGUACAUACCCGAUUCAAGUGUGACAGUACAAGAAAAUAAUUGUACGGUACCUCCCCAGCCAGCAAAUGGUCUUCGGCAAUUAUAUAAGUGGCAAUGCCAAUCACAACAAAGCAAUUGUGACGUACAAGAGGGUACAAAAUUACCACUUGGGGCUYAUUUAAUUUAUACCUGUAAUUCUGGAUAUCGGCUAAACAGAUUCGAUCAUGUAUUUUGUAAUAAUAAAGGAAAUUGGACAGAUAUUCCAGUUUGUACAGAAAUACGUUGCCAAUCAUUGGCUUCAGCAUCCACUAACACUCAAUGUACUUUUAACGGUCAGUGGGUAUCUUGUGAAUCUCCUGUUUUGCCUGGAACCAUAGCAGAACUGAGUUGUUCCGACAAUUAUCAGGAAGUUGGAAAAGUUCAAUCRAAACAAAAAAAUCAAGUUACAUGUAACAGUACAGGUCAUUGGGAACCCCAACCAAUACGAUGUUCUCCAAAAUGCGGGGUUGUUCUUCCAAUAAAAAUACCCUUUAUUAUCAACGGAACAGUAAACGGCUAUUUAUCUACACUCUCUCAAAUUCCAUGGCACGCUACUUUAUACGAAGAAAACACUCCAAACGGAUUGAAACAUUUUGUUUGCGGAGCAACAAUAAUAAAAGAAAAAUUUCUUCUUACCGCAGCGCAUUGCAUCUACGACGAAACGUAUCGAAGGAUAGAGAACCCAAAUAAAUAUUAUAUAGCAACUGGAAAUAUUUAUCGUGACUAUGAUUCUUCAUUGCACGAUAGGCAAUACGUUMAAAAGGCCAGAGUGAAAGGCAUUUAUGUUCCUUGUAAUUAUAAAGGCUUCGAAGGAAAUUAUGCUAAUGAUAUAGCUAUCUUGGAAAUCGAAAGACCAUUUGAAUUUUCACGUUUCUUAUUACCGCCGUGUUUAAAUGGUGAUUUCAUUGAGUCUGGAUUAGGGGUAGCUUCAGGAUUCGGAAGAACCCAUGUAGGAGCGUCCAGUUUUGUUCUGCAAUCUGUAUCGUUGCCCUACGUUUCUCUUAAUCAAUGUAUAUCUUCUAAAAAUUAUAUUGAAUCUGAAAAUCUUAUAACGAUGGAUAAAUUUUGUGCUAGCUAUACGAAUGGAACAUCUGUUUGCGAUGGUGACAGCGGAGGAGGAUUGGUGUUUAGAACUGGAAAUGUAUGGUUUUUAAGAGGAAUAGUUAGUCUCUCUCUUGGUAAAACAUUAACGGGUGGUACAACAAUUUGUGAUAGUAAUUCGUAUUCUCUUCACACGCGUAUAUCAAUUCAUAUAAACUGGAUCGAAGAUAUUAUUUCUCGAUUAGAAUCAUCUGAACCACUUUCUUCAUGUCGUAACUCAACUAUAGCAAAUGCGACUACUACUAGUCCUGAUGAAUUAUUUCCAACUUCUACAAGCUCUAUAACAUCUUCCCCAUCGAUUCGAAAUACAACUGUUUGUAUGGCGCCUCCCGAUCCUACGAACGGUUAUCGUCUAUUGCAYAAAUCGUAUUGCCAAACACAAGAAAACUGUUCUGUGAAGGAAGGUUUAGAAUUAGUUAGCGGUUCUCAUUURAUUUACACCUGUAAUCAGGGAUACGAAUUAAGCGGUACCAGUGAUGUAUUAUGUAGUCCAGAAGGAGAAUGGAUAAAAAUUCCUGUUUGUAUUGCGAAAGUUUAAUUACUUCUGGCUUCCUAAAUGAGAUUUGCUGAUUGGAAAUUUAACGACGACUGCACUUCUUAAUAUAAAAUAAGUACAACAUUAUUUGUGAUAGCAAAUUUUGAUAAUAAAUAAAUUGACUUGAAGUCAAUUCUUAUUUUUAAA